CCCGCGGCUUGGUGCGUCACGCGCGGAGCGAGUCUUGCCCGGGCAAGAUGGUUCGCAAACGCGCCGCGGGUGGGGAGCCUCAGGGACGCAAGGCGCCUCAGGGACGCGAGGCGCGCGGCCAAAAGGCCAAGGGCAAGAGCACGGCCAGGCGUGGGAAGCCGGAGGGUGUCUCUGAAGAUGAGGAAGCAAAACCCCCAAAGAAGAGUCUUCCCUCGAGAGUCUCACAAGGAAAGAGGAAGAGAGGCUGCAGGGGAGCUGCAGAUACAGCCGACGGGCCAGCCAAGAAGAAGGCGGCCACGGCAGCUGUUAGAUCUGAAAACCUCACGGCUGUUAAGGAGGAGGCCCUGAGCGAUGACGAUUUCAGGGACUGUCCGAGUGACCUCCGGAAGGCACAACCUCUGGAGAGACGGGCUCCUGCUGGCAAAGGCGGUGACCAAGGAGAAGAGGAAGAAAGUGAAGACGAUUGGGAAGAGGUGGAAGAACUGACCGAGCCUGUGCUGGGCGAUGUGGCAGAGCCAGCAGCUUCCUCUCAGUCCGCCGUGCCCGUGGAUGCGGUGGAGAUAGAGAUCGAAACGCCAGAGCAGGCGAAAAUGAGAGAAAAAAGAGAGAAGAUAAAAAUGGAGUUCGAGACGUAUAUCCGGAGGGCGAUGAAACGUUUUCACAAGGAAGUUCACGAGAACACACACAAGGUUCACCUUCUGUGCCUGCUGGCCAACGGCUUCUACCGCAACAGCGUCUGCAGCCAGCCAGACCUGCAUGCCAUUGGCCUUUCCAUCAUCCCUAUUCGCUUUACCAAAGUGCCUCCUGGGGACGUGGACGUGAGCUACCUCUCCAGCCUGGUGAAGUGGUUCAUCGGAACGUUCACAGUUAACGCAGAGCUUUCAGCCAGUGAGCAAGACAACCUGCAGACUACGCUGGAAAGGAGAUUCGCCAUCUACUCUGCACGAGACGACAAGGAGCUGGUCCAUAUAUUUUUGCUGAUUCUCCGGGCCCUGCAGCUCCUGACACGACUGGUGCUGUCUCUCCAGCCAGUUCCUCUGAAGCUGUCAAUGGCAAAGGGAAGCAGAUCUUCCAAGGAGAGACCCACAGAGGAUCCUGGGGGCUCCUCAGAAACUUCCAGCCAGAUUGCAGAAAACCAUCCCAAACCAAAGACGAGCAAAGCAGCCAAAGGAGAGGAGACUUUUCUGAAGGGCACUGGCAGACCGGGUGCCCGGGGGAGGAAGAGCAAGGCCGCUGCAGGCAGCAGGCAGCGUGCUGAGUCCUCCUCCAGCGAGGAAGAAGGCGACCGCAAGGGGAAGCAGAAGCAGGAAACCCCGAGACGAGCGCGCGGCCGGCAGCGGCGGGUGGCCUCCAGGGUGUCCUACAAAGAGGAGAGUGGGAGCGACGGGGCCGACAGUAGCUCUGACUUUGAGCCCUCCAGUGGGGAUGACGAUUCCGAGCCUGGCCCCCCAAGGCAGAGGAAGACCCCAGCUCCUCAGAGGACAAAGGCCGGGUCCAAGCAUGGCCCCAGGACCCCAAGUGGCGGCCACAGCAAGCACUCAGGCAUCCCAGGAGCGUCCUCAAGAUCUGCAGGUGGCAAGGGCAGCAAGAAGUUGUCGCGGGACGGUGAGGAGCAUGAGCGAGGGAGAGCAGCUGGCGUGGACCAGUGGCUGGAGGUGUUCUGUGAGCAGGAGGCCAAGUGGGUGUGUGUGGACUGUGUGCACGGGGUGGUGGGCCAGCCUCUGACCUGCUACAGGUUCGCCACCAAGCCCCUGAGCUAUGUCGUGGGCUUUGACAAUGAGGGCUGGGUGCGGGACGUCACCCAGAGGUAUGACCCGGCCUGGAUGACGUCAACCCGCAAGUGCCGGGUUGAUGCCGAGUGGUGGGCCCAGACCUUGCGACCGUACCAGAGCCCGUUUGUGGAAAGGCAGAAGAAAGAAGACUCGGAGUUUCAGGCAAAGCACCUGGAUCAGCCCUUGCCCACCUCCAUCGGCACGUACAAGAACCACCCUCUGUACGCCCUGAAGCGGCACCUCCUCAAGUACGAGGCCAUCUACCCCGAGACGGCUGCCAUCCUCGGCUAUUGUCGCGGCGAGGCCGUCUACUCCAGGGAUUGUGUGCAUACUCUGCAUUCCAGGGACACGUGGCUGAAGCAGGCUCGAGUGGUGAGGCUUGGAGAAGUGCCCUACAAGAUGGUGAAAGGCUUUUCCAACCGUGCCCGGAAAGCCCGGCUCACCGAGCCCCAGCUGCACGACCAUAAUGACCUGGGCCUGUUCGGCCACUGGCAGACAGAGGAGUAUCAGCCUCCGGUGGCCGUGGACGGGAAGGUGCCCCGGAAUGAGUUUGGGAACGUGUACCUCUUCCUGCCCAGCAUGAUGCCCAUUGGCUGUGUCCAGCUGAACCUGCCCAAUCUACAGCGCGUGGCCCGGAAGCUGGACAUCGACUGUGUCCAGGCCGUCACUGGCUUCGACUUCCACGGAGGCUACUGUCAUCCCGUCACUGAAGGGUAUGUCGUGUGUGAGGAGUUCAAGGACGUGCUCCUGGCUGCCUGGGAGAAUGAGCAGGCACUCAUUGAGAAGAAGGAAAAGGAGAAAAAGGAGAAGCGGGCUCUCGGGAACUGGAAGCUGCUGGCCAAAGGACUGCUCAUCAGGGAGCGGCUGAGGCUUCGCUAUGGGGCCAAGAGCGAGGCGGGAGCCCCCCGCUCGGAUGCCAGAGGUGGCCUUUCUUCUGAUGAAGAGGAGGGGACCAGCUCUCAAGCAGAAGCGGCCAGGAUCCUGGCUGCCUCCUGGCCUCAGAACAGAGCAGCUGAAGAAGAGCAGAAGCCCCAGUGCGCCAAGAAGAGCAAGAGGGGAAAGAAGGCCGAGGCUUCCCACCUGUUUCCAUUUGAGAAGCUGUGACCUGCGGCCCCCGCCAGCCCUGCUCCUGCCCCGGGGGUGGCCAGGCCUCUUUGAGAAGCCGUGACCUGCGGGCCCCCGCCAGCCCUGCUCCUGCCCCGGGGGUGGCCAGGCCUUGGUGGAGGUGUCUUCUCUGCUGAGAGGGCAAACAGAAGCUGCGGGCACUGCAGACUGGGCCCAGGGGCCGGCACAGGAGCCAGAGCGGAGGCUGUGCUGCAAGUUUGGUGGGCCCCAGCCCUUGUCACAUCCACUCCCCCCGGGGGGGCACUUCCUGCUCUGACCUUGUUCUUCCCCUCUUUGCCUGUGCGGUUGGCUUUUUGAUAGAAACUACUGGAAGUUUCUGGAGGGUGGCAGCCAUCUACCGGACAGUCCACCCUCUUGCUGCAGGCCCUCUGCAUCACCACUGAGCCAGCUUUGCUGACAGCACCUCCUAAGGGAGGAGAGCAGGUCGCCCACGUGGCCUCGGCACCCUCGGGAUCUGUCUCUGAAGUCACAGUGCGGGAGCUGAACUCAGGCAUGGAAAGGAACCCCCCCGAGAAUUAGGGAACUGUCACUAGAGGUGGGUCAGUGUGAAACUGGAUUUCAUUCAUCCCUGGAUAAACUUAGAGUGUCACACGCCGUAGACUCUCAGGAAGGAGAACUUUUAUAACAAUUUGAGGAAGGAAAUAAAGCAUUUAUAUACGAA